AUGAAACUUGAUCUAGCUUCCGAGUCUCGGCAUGUAGAAUUGGAUGAAGCCUCUAGUUUGGCCUAUCGUGUGGCCUUACCCGUAGAAGUGGCUACUCUUCCGUCUGAAGGUGCUGAGCAGAUUAUUCCAGGAGGGGAUUCUCAAAAUGAUAGGUUUGAAGUGUUUGGCGGAUAUUAUGCGAUUCUUUCAUUCACAGUCAGCGCGGAUUACAUAACCGGACUGUUAUGUUAUCUGUCGGAUAAUGUUGCGUGUAACUGUGAUUAUCUGGUUGAAUAUGUUUCUUUUCUAAAGGUCGGUGACAACCUGAAAGUAGAAAAGUCUUCAUAG